AUGUGGUCGUCCGCCAGUCAGGGCAGCUUGUUAGGCUCCGGUGGCGGAGCAACGUCUACCACAACUUCCGGAGGACAGCAUCAGCAAGCUCCUGGUCCGUCGCAAUCGUCGAGACUACCAAGUCCUCGAAGUAGUGCUGGCAGAAAUAUUAACACGAUGAACAAUGGUGCGCGGGAGCGUGCCAACAGCGAUAAUCAUCUGCAGCUCCAGAAGCAGAACGCAGCUGCACUGGGGAUAAACAUGAACUACAGUGGAGGUGGAGGAACAUCAAAUAUUGCGACUUCUUCAUCUUCCUUCAACCCCAGUGCUUCGCUGCAGAUUCACAGCACAAAU